GAUCAGAGGCAGCGGCAGCGGCAAAGCCCCCGCAAGACGAAUGAAAUGAAAUCUGCUUUUGCCGCCACCUGCUUUCCCCCAAUUUCUUUGGUCUAUUGAAGAACUGGCUGUAAACACUGCUGCCCUCAUCCUGACAGUGUAAAGCGGAUAUAAGGCUUCAAGUGUGCAGAUUCACCAUGGGGAUCAAGACUGCCCUCCCUAGAUAUGAGCUGUAUCUCUACACAGCUGUACUUGCUGUGGCCUUGAUAUGGGCAGGCAGUUGGAUAUUUGAAGCUUCAAGUGAAAAUACAAACAGAAAAUCCUUCAAAGAAAGCGUCAAACCAGGAUGGCAUUAUUUUGGCAGGAAAAUGGAUGCUGCGGACUUCGAAUGGGUGAUGUGGUUCACGACAUUCCGCAAUCAUAUCCUUUUUGCUCUCGUUGGUCAUGUGAUCUUUGCCAAGAUAUUUUCCCUGGUGGCUCCAAAGAUUGGUAUAAAUGGAUGUAAGCACAGAUCCUUGGUCUUUGGGGUGUAUGGAGGUUUGGCAGUCCUGGUAACGAUGGGCUGGACUUUCUUGGCUCUGGUUCUUUCUCAUUGCAUCAUACUAUACAGCGUGGCUAUAUUCAAAAGUAAAUGGAUGUGCUUCGCUGCAGGCUUGUGUACGCUGGCCUCCAUCAAGCUGGAGCCCUUUAACUCCUGGCAGGAAGCCUUGGUAACUGGUUCCUUCAACCUCCAAGAUAUCCUGUUCUAUGGCGGUUGUGGCUUCAGCAUCAUGCGCUGUAUGAGUUUUGCUUUAGAGAACUGCGAGAAGAAGGAAGGCAACUACACGUUCUCAGACCUGCUGAAAUACAACUUCUACCUCCCAUUCUUCUUCUUUGGACCGAUAAUGACAUUCGACCGGUUUCAUGCCCAGGCAAACAACACUCAGCUGAUCCGUAAAGAGAGGGAGAUGUGGAACAUCACCACCAAGGCCUUGUUGCACCUGGGAGGUAUUCUCGUGGUGGAUGUCUUCUUCCACUACCUUUACAUUCUGACAAUACCCAGUGACAUGAGGCUGGUCGUUAAGCUUUCUGACUGGUCUCUGGCUGGACUGGCUUAUUCCAACUUGGUGUAUGACUGGGUGAAAUCGGCUGUAAUGUUCGGCGUCAUCAACACCGUGGCAAUGCUGGAUCACCUGGACCCUCCUCAGCCUCCCAAGUGUAUCACCAUGCUUUACGUCUUCGCUGAGACGCACUUUGACAGAGGCAUCAAUGACUGGCUGUGCAAGUAUGUUUACGACUACAUUGGUGGAAAUCACGAUCGAAUCUUCAAAGAACUUCUUGCAACCAUCUGCACCUUUGGCAUCACCACCCUGUGGCUGGGCCCAUGUGAACUGGUUUAUAUCUGGUCCUUUUUCAACUGCUUUGGCCUCAACUUUGAGCUGUGGGUGGCCAAGUUCUUCUCCCUUCCACCACUUUCUACCAUAGAGAGUGCCAUGGGUGAAGCCAUGUCACGCAGGAUCCGCGGUUUGUUCAAUGCGGCCAACUUCUGGGCUAUCGUCCUCUACAACGUUCUCUCCCUGAACAGUUUGGAGUUUGCCAAAAUGGUGGGAAGGAGACUGAUUUUUAAAGGUUUUCCUCUGUCGACCCUCUCUGUGUUACUCGUGACCUACUGUGGUGUGCAGCUGGUGAAGGAACGAGAGAGACAACAAGCCUUGCUAGAAGAUCCGGAGCCAGUGAAGCCAGUAGAUGGUGGCAAAGAAAAAGCAGAAUAACCUGGCAGAGAAACAGUUUCACAGACUUAAUGGUCAAUGGGCGCUCACGUGGUUCCAUCCUCGGCCUUGCAAGCUGUAACAGAACCAUGCUGGUUAACAGCCAUUCAGCACCUAUAUUGUUCACAAGCCGGUGUUUUUCCUUUUGUUUGUCGGAAGCGAGGCAAUGAUUCGACCUGUGAAAAAUCCGCAAGUGCACUUGCUGUUGAUAAUCAACACGUACUUUGGCACAAACCCACCGACAGUGCAUUUAGUAUUUGUAUUGAU